AUGUCUACUCAACUCCCAACCAAACCCCCAAUUUAAAUAAAAAAAGACAAAAAAGAAGUCAUGAAGCUUUUAAUACCAUAAAUAUUCUACACAAAAUUCACCAAAGAUACCGAUCGUCCCUGGCUUCAAAGUAACUAAGAUCUUACUGAUUACUUCAACUAUGGUUUUUGUGAGGAGACUUUUCGCGCAUACACCAACCAAGUACGUGCUUGUCGUGGUAAUUUUUCAAUAAACGACACCUAUAAGGAAAACGAAUACAAUCUAAAUAAAAUGAAUGAUAAAACACCAUUAGAAUAUGGUGGUUUUUCGCAUCCUUUUGACAAAAAUUUCAAUUGCAUAGUUUCGAAAUUCGUGCGAAGAUUCGAAGAGGAAAAUGAUGAGGAAGAAAACCAAAACGAAGAUUUUGAAGAAGAAGAUGAAAAUUAAGAAGAAGAAAAUUUCGAAAACUACAAAGAAUACAAUAAAAAAAAAACAAAAAAUAAUAGACUAUGUGGCAUUAUAAGAAUAGUUUAUACAUAAUAUUGGAUUAAAAGACGAAAAAAUCUCCAAAGAACCCAUUUCUAAAAUAUAUUAUAUAAAUGA